AUGACUCGAUACGACACUCUAAAAGCGACUUCAGGAACCACGUCCUCUCGGUCGAUCCCCAUUAUCGACUUGACACCCUCCUUCUCAUCAUCUCUCGCCGACCGCCAGAAGGUAGCAAACAAAAUCCACGAUGCUUGUACCACUAUAGGAUUCUUCUAUAUCAAAGGUCAUGGCAUUCCCAACGGCGUGUGCGAUGAUGUCCUCAAACUCGCGGAGCGAUUCUUCCACGAAUUACCAGAUCCCUCGAAAGAAGCAAUACAUAUGAAGAACUCUCCACAGUUCCGCGGAUAUGAACCAGCUGCAUACUCGUCGUCGAAUAAUUUUACAAGCAAAGAGACGAAGGAGGCGUUCAAUUGGGGAUACGAACCUGGGCUCGAUCCAACGGGGGGUGAUGGAAAGUACGUUGAAAUUGAUGGCAGCUCGGAUGGAAGCAAGAAUCAGUGGCCUUUAGAGGAUGACUUGCCUGGAUUUUACAAGGGAAUUGCUGAAUACUAUUCCCAUGUCUUGCAAUUAUCUCGCCAUCUAUGCCGUCUCUUUGCCCUCUCCCUUAACCUCAAGGAAGACUUCUUCGAUCCAAUGAUAACACACCCAGGUGGAAUAGCACGGCUGAUUCGAUACCGACCAAGCUCCAAUCCGAAACCCCUGUCCGAAGUCGAUGAGAACGAGGAAAUUGGCUUGGGUGCGCAUUCGGAUUACGAGUGUUUUACACUUCUACUCCAAGACUCGAAUCCUGGUCUCGAAAUACUGGGUUCUGAUGGACACUGGAUAAGCGCACAACCCGUCGAGGGUGGGAUUGUAGUCAAUGUGGCUGAUUUCUUGAUGAGAUGGACCAACGACAAAUACAAAAGUACUGUUCAUCGAGUAGUCAAUCGAACGGCGAAAGAGAGAUACAGUAUCCCUCUUUUCUUCUCUAUCAAUUAUGAUGAGACCGUUGAGACGCUUCCUUCUUGUAUAAGCGAAGAUAAUCCUGCCAAGUACCAACCAAUUGCGGCAGGCCAAUACGUCCUCGAUCGACUGUCUUUGACGUUGAAAACUGGAAAAUACUGA